AUGUCUCAACCCCCUCCCUCUCCAUCCAUCGCCGCCGCCGGCGACGCGCUCCUGAAAGCCGUCGAAGGACGCGCCACAGGCAAAGGCUCACGUGGACCUUACUCGGGUGGCUACAACGACGCCAUCGCAAGCGCCGUUCGGCCGGAGGCAGAGCCUCCUCGCAUGAUCAUGGGCGCCGUCGAGAUCCUCACCUUCUUCCCGCACAUGAUGCAGUGGCCAGACGCCCUCUUCCGCCUUCUUCGCAGCGGCUGGACGUCCAGCGAUAUUGCUACAGCUCAGCUGUACGCUCGUGGAGGGCUGGAGAAGGAUGACCACAUGAAGCGGAAUCAGGCUCUUCGUCAGCAGAUGAGCACCGCCGGCAACGAGAAACUCGGCGUCAACGACUUCACCAAGCGAGGCUACGCCCAGCACGCAGAACUCCAACCCUUCACCGCCGCCAAGUUCAACUACGACACUACAGGCUGGAACCCACCACACGCUAACACCCCUCCCCUAACAAGCAAAACCCUCAUCCCCCUUCCUACCAACCUCUCCGACGUCGCCAACGGCGUAACCAACUGGCCCCAAGGCGAAGACCGCGGCCUCUUCACCAAGGUAAUGGAGUGGGCUCAAGCCAACAACGUCCUGCACCAGUACACUGUCCGCGACGUCAUGAGGUUGGCGAAUGACCAGGCGAAUGGGAUUGGAGGAUUACCGGCAGAGGCGCGGACGCAUGAGUGGGAUCAGGGAGGACUUGAGAGGACGAGGGGGAUUGUGAAGCCGUGGAUGCGUGGUGGAUAG